CGCGCGCCACGCCAAACAGACUCUGCACGCCCCUGCGCUCCGAUUUGAUGCUGUCUGAGAUUCUGAAAUUAAACGAGGGAGAAAGACUAGUCCCAAGGCAUGAAUACAAUAUUUAAUAAACUAUAUGUCCACUCUAAGCGUCCGCCUUGCUGUACCUAUUGAUCAUCGAUAGUUGUGUGCUCAAGUUUACCGAGAUCCAAAGUUGUCAGGCAGCGUUCAUUGAACGCAUGCGCAUUGCAUCCACUAUCCAGCUCAAAAUAAGAGUUAAAACAGAAACGAGUGCAGGAGGAGGAGAGCAGGGAGAGAUGACUGACACCCCUCCCAGUGAUGGCCCCUCCCAGGGGGCAGAGUUUGACAUGAUGGGUGCUCUGGACUGGCAGGACGGCAUCGCCACACUGCCUGGCAGCGACAUCAAGUUCCGUAUGACAGAGUUUGGAACUUUGGAGAUCGUGACAGAGCCAGAGGUCAAAGAGUCAGGGCCAACCCCCCAGAACCCCGCCCAGUCGAAAAGCCCCACCCCUCCACCAGAGGCCCAAUCAGAGAGCAGCGCAGCCUCUUCUGCAGCCAAGGAUGUCCAGCCACUUGCACCUAAGGCUCAAGGCCCUGUGCUUCUGUCUCUAGAGGAGGGUCCCCCUGUGGAGGGUCCCAUGGUGGAGGAGCCCAGGGUGGAGGUAGGCCCCGAGGCGGAGGCAGGCCCCAGGGCUGUGAUGGCUAGCUGUAGGUCAUGUGGGGGCUCCGGUCCACUGGAAAGUUUCCUCCAGGGCAAAUACUGCAGCUCCAUUUGUGUCCAGCCCUCCAGUGGCAGGUCAUCACCCAGAGAGCGGAGGGGGGGGGAGGUGGGACUGGGGAAACGAGUGAGGAAGAAGAGGAAGAUCUACAUGGACUCUGGUGAUGAAGAGGAAGACAACCAGGAGGAGGAAGAGGACAAGUCCAAGGCUGUCAAAGGGAGGAGAGCUGCUAAGCUGGCAAAGCUAGUGACAGCCCCACCCAAUAAGAAGCGACCCUGGAGCUGGCCCUCCUACAUGGAGGAGGAGAAGGCUAUAGCUGCCCCCCUUAAACUGUUCAAGGAGCACCAGUCGUUCCCUCAGAGCAGGAAUGCCUUCAAAGUGGGGAUGAAGUUAGAAGGACUGGACCCCUGUCACCCCUCUCUGUUCUGUGUGCUCAGUGUUGCUGAGAUCCAGGGUUAUAGGGUAAGGCUUCAUUUCGACGGGUAUCCAGAGUGCUAUGAUUUCUGGGUAAAUGCUGACACCUGGGAUGUGAAACCGGCGGGCUGGUGUGAGAAGAUGGGACACAAGCUGCUACUGCCUAAAGGUUGUAAGGAUGGGGAGUUCAACUGGAACAUGUAUGUGAAGAACUGCAGAGGUCAGCUGGCCCCCAAACACCUCUUCAAGAGCCUCAACACGUCGGUGACUCCGUCAGGGUUCCGUGCGGGUAUGAAGCUAGAGGCGGUGGAUAAGAAGAACCCAUAUCUGAUCUGCGUAGCGUCCAUCGCGGCUGCUGUUGACAACAGACUCCUCAUACACUUUGACAACUGGGACGACACCUAUGACUACUGGUGUGAUGCCAGCAGUCCCUACAUCCACCCUGUAGGCUACUGUGAGGAGGCUGAGCUGACCCUCACCACCCCUGCUGAGUAUAAGCACCCAAGGAGUUUUUCCUGGGAUAAAUACAUGGAGGAGACUGGCACACAGGCAGCCCCUGCACGUGCCUUCAAACUGCGUCCGUGCCAUGGGUUCCAGGCUGGAAUGAAGCUGGAAGCUGUCGAUAAGAGGAAUCCCAUGCUCAUCCGCAUAGCAACCAUCGCAGAGGUGGAGGACCACCGACUGAGGAUCCAUUUUGAUGGCUGGAGUGAGGAGUACGACUACUGGGUGGAUGCUGACUGCCCAGACCUGCACCCUGUGGGCUGGUGUCAGAAGACUAGUCAUCCCCUACAACACCCCUCCAAUGGCUCCACUGAUAUGCUGGUCCUCCCAGGGCAGGGCUGUCCUACCCCAGGAUGCAAUGGGGUAGGUCACAUCCGAGGACCCCGCUACGGAACCCACUACACUGGGGUGAGUUGUCCAUACUCGGAGAUGAACCUGAACAGGGAGGGCCAGGUACCAGACCGUCUGAGUGGAGAACGACCUAUGACCCUGAGUGGGCCUCAUCACCGUGGGCGACGCCCAGACCCUCCUCCACACACCCAGACAAACAGCCCAACCACACCGGAGCAGCCCGAGCCUGCAGACGACUCCCCUCAGACCAGUGUAACUAGGGGGCCGACGGUUGACGAGGGCGAACAAUCCAGGUGCAGCAGUCAGAGUGAGCCACCAGGGGGCUCCACUGAGCCCAUCAACGACGGAGCCAAGGCCAAGAGGUCUGCUCCAGUCCCAAAGUAUCUGAAGCUGCACGUCGUCAAGCAGGAGAGUGGAGAUGGGAAAGACUCCCUGUCUCUCCAGCAGGCGCUCCAUGAGUCAGUGUUCUCCCCGGGUGGCUCCUCCUCUCCCCCUCACAGGGUGGCUCUGUGCUGGGACAAACACUGCCAGCUGCUCCCUGAGGUCCUGGGCCUCACAGCUAAGAGAGUUGCAACCUGGACCGCCGACGAGGUGGCCAGUUUUGUCAAAGGGCUCCCAGGCUGCAAAGAGCAUGCUGCCACCUUCAGGACAGAGCAAAUGGAUGGAGAGGCCUUCCUGCUUCUCACCCAAGCAGACAUAGUCAAGAUCCUGUCAAUCAAACUAGGCCCUGCCCUCAAGAUAUACAACGCCAUACUCAUGCUGAAGAACGCUGAUGAGGAGUGAGACGCCCCCCGACGCUUCAUUUCCUCCCACACCCGACCGCCCUAUCUGAAUAGUCUAGAGAAGUUUAAUCUCCUUUCUUUGCCUCCUCACCUUAUUCUCUUUGGUCUUCAUCUGCACUGAUCUGAGCCUGUAGGAUAGGUCAGAGCAAUGUAAUGGAUGGCCACCAGGAAUCUGAGAUGAUGUACCUGGUGUCAGUGUAGAGGAGUAGAGAGGAUGUGUACCUGGUGUCAGUGUAGAGGAGUAGAGAGGAUGUGUACCUGGUGUCAGUGUAGAGGAGUAGAGAGGAUGUACCUGGUGUCAGUGUAGAGGAGUAGAGAGAAUGUACCUGGUGUCAGUAUAGAGAGGAUGUACUUGGUGUCAGUGUAGAGGAGUAGAGAGGAUGUACCUGUGGUGUCUGUUGGAAGAUCUUAAUUGCAUACUCCUCGCGUCCUCUCCUCGUCUCCUUCUUAAAACCCAUUGGAUGAGAAAGCCAGAGGAGUGAGGACGCGAGGAGUAUGCAAUUGAGAUCUUACCUGUCAGACAGACAUCACAGUCAACCCAAGAAAGUGUUUUAUACUAUAACAUAGCAACAAUUAUAAUUUAAAGGGGCAAUUAUGAGUUGAAACAAUAACAAUUCCGUAACCCCACCACUGUUUUGGCCAAAAGCUGAGGGAUGGAUGGGGCUGGAGAAAUGUUACCACUCUCAAAUUCAUAGACAGAACUAUGUAUACAAGGACUGACCAUCAAAAUGAUGUUUUGAGGCUAUACAGUGUUUGUUUACAUUUACUUUGUUUACCAACAUUGAAGAUGAACAAGCUUAUAUUUGUUGUUUUGGGGUUCUGAUGGGGUACGACAGUUGAACUAAGCUCAUGAGGAAUUUAUAAGAUAUUCUUCCAGAAUCAAAAAUGUAUGUAGCAACUGCAGAUUGCCCCAUGAACCUAAAUGUUUUUCUGAGUGAGUAAGAAAUGAGCAGUGGGCACCUUUAAAGUUCAGGCAUCUUUAAAGUAUUGAUAUUGAAUUCAAUUUGAAGGUAGACUCAGUGAAAUGACGUUGCCACGAGCAGCUCCACAGAUAUUGAGAUGAGUGAGAUGCAGGACCUCACAGUCACACACAGUGUCUGCGGAGCAGGAGGCUGGUGGCCCUUUUAAUUGGGGGAAACGGGCUCAUAGUAACGGCUGGAACGGAAUCAAUGGAAUGGUAUUGGUUUCCAUGUGUUUGAUAGCAUUGCAUUCACUCCAUUCCAGACAUUACUAUGAGCCGUCCUCCCCUCAGAUGUGGAUGGGUUCGCUUCACACUGUUCCCUGGCCUGGCUACCGGGAAUCAAAACAGAGGAGAAGUUAAGCCUCGCGCUUUAACGCUCGUAGUUGUUGUGGGAAUUGAUCCACAAUGCUGUUUACUUUCAGCAUCUACGUCAUAUCGCUGCGUCCACCUUUAAUAUUAUAUAUAUUUUUAUUUUAUAUAAUGGUUGAGGAAAUGGUGCUCAGCCCUGAGCAGAUGGAACCAGAUUAGUCCAUACAUGUUUUUACUGGAAUACUUGUUGAUUUCUUAUUUAUUGUUGUGAAAGAAACUCACCAUGUAGUUUACCUCUCUGUCAGAUGGAUGCAUUCCUCUACAUGUCCAGGGCAGGAAGAGGUUGGCACGUCUCAAGGCUUGGGUGGAGGGAGAGGAUUGGUUUGUGUGUGUGUGUGCGCCUGUCAGAUGUUUAUUUAAAAGGGUGAAUGUUAUAGCAUUGGAACUUUAAGGAAAGCUGGACUUCAGGUCUAAUUCAACUGAAGAGAGAUGUUUUUCUAUGUACCUGCUUUAGAGCUAAUGGUAAAACACUAAUGAAAUUGGAACGUAAAGAAAGAAAGACAAAAUUCAUCAAUUUGUUCUGAAUGAAUAUUGUUUCCUGUUUCAAUGAUCUUUGUGUACACAGUGUAAAUAGUGUAUUAUAGCUCUGGGGUUGUGACACCCUGCAUCCCUAUAGGAAGUGGUUAUUUGGAAGCUUAUGCAAAUCAAUACCAAUCUUUUCCAAGAAAUUAAAAAUGUAUUUUUUUUUAUUGAACUGAGGAAUUCAUCUUUUAAAGCUUUAGUGAUUUUUGUAAACUAUUAUUUUUUUCAAUCUCCUCCGUGCGAUACCUUGGAAGUGUGUUUAUCAACAAUAUAGUUUAUAUUCAAAACCGGGAUUUCUGUAUUUGAAUUUAAGGGGCAUUGAUAAGUGCUGUUGACUUGUGAGAUGGUGUGAGUGGUGUAAGUACAUGAUGGCUUGCGUUUGCUGGAGUGUGUGAGUGGAAUGGAAUAAAUGAAAUGCAGUCUC